UACAGGGUUAUUCUUCCUCCGCGGUUUGUUUGAGAAUAGAUGCCCAUUUUUAUUGCGACAAUUACCCACUCGAACCUUCCAACGUGAAACCCGCGUUUCAAACCCUUACGUUUCUAUAACCUUCUCCGACGACGACCAAAACAAGAAGAAGCAAAGAAACGAUUAUUAUUCUCUCAAAACCCUCGUCCCAAUCGAGCGGCCGUUUGUUUGUUUUGUUUUUUUCAACCACUCGCUCGUCACGAAGAGCGUUUCUUUUUCUUUUCCUUCACCCUUCAAUUGCUUCUGAUCGAACCUAGGUUUAGGUUCGAUCUCUGGCAUCGCUAUCUCAUGCCAGAGAUCCAAAAUGUUCCCGACGGGAACAACAACAACGCCUUGUUCGGAAAGUACGAGGUGGGGAGGCUCCUCGGAUGCGGGGCCUUUGCCAAGGUCUACCACGCGCGCAAUGUCAGCACGGGGCAGAGCGUGGCGAUCAAGGUCAUCAGCAAGAAGAAGAUCUCCGCCACGACCAGUUUGAUGUCGAACAUCAAGCGCGAGAUUUCCAUCAUGCGGCGGCUCAACCACCCCCAUAUCGUCAAGCUCCACGAGGUCCUCGCCUCCAAGACCAAGAUCUAUUUCGUCAUGGAUUUCGUCAAGGGCGGCGAGCUUUUCGCCAAGGUCGCCAAAGCCCGCUUCACGGAAGAUCUCAGCCGCCGCUACUUCCAGCAGCUUAUCUCCGCCGUCGGAUACUGCCACUCCCGCGGGGUCUUCCACCGCGACCUCAAGCCCGAGAACCUCCUCGUCGACGAAAAUGGGAAUCUCAAGGUCUCUGAUUUCGGCCUCAGCGCUGUCAGGGGCCAGGUCCGGCACGACGGGCUGUUGCAUACUCUCUGCGGCACGCCGGCCUACGUUGCGCCGGAGAUUCUCUCCAAGAAAGGCUACGACGGCGCAAAGGUGGAUGUGUGGUCGUGCGGCGUCGUUUUGUACGUGUUGAACGCCGGCUACUUGCCGUUCAACGACCCGAAUUUGAUGGCCAUGUACAAGAAGAUUUACAAGGGAGAGUAUCGGUGCCCCAAGUGGUUCUCUCUGGAUCUCAAACGGUUUUUGUCUCGGCUUCUCGCCACCGACCCGGAGAAGAGGAUCACCGUCGACGAGAUCCUGAGGGACCCAUGGUUCAAGAAGGGGUACAAGGAGGUGAGUUUCUACGAAGAAGUCGAGAAAGAAGAGGAGCCCAAGGUUAAAGACAUGAAUGCCUUCGAUCUCAUCUCCUUCUCCUCCGGUUUGGACCUCUCCGGUUUGUUCGCUGACUCGGACAACUCGGUGAGCGACGGAGACCGACUCCUAUUAACCGAGUCGCCCGAGAAAGUCGUCGAGGAAAUGGAGGAAUACGCUAAAGCCGAUGAAAACGACUUGAGAGUGAGGAAGAAGAAGGAAUGGGGCGUGGAGCUGGAAGGAGAGAACGGUAAUUUGGUAAUAGGAGUGGAGGUUUACCGGUUAACCGACGGUCUGGUAGUAGUGGAGGCUAAGAGGAGAAUUGGGGAAGCUGAGUCCUUCAAAGAUAUGUGGAACAACAAGCUUAGACCUCGCCUCGUCGGUGGCCUAACGGCUCAACUGGCCGGAACUUCCUCCCAGGUCCCCCAGAUUACAAAUUAAAAAAAAAAAAAAAAAAAAUCUAAUUUCAUCUGAUUUAAUUUGGAGCAAAAAUUAAAAAAAAAAACAAAAAAAAAAAGGUUUGAAUGGUGGUGUUCUAUGUUAUUGCGGGAAGGGAUAUUAUAAUUAUGUUUGUGUUUGUUUGUAUAUUUUGUAUUUGGAAUAAGACUGCCAAGGGUGGCGGGUGUUUCCGUACUAAAUCCUUGGUUUUGUUCUCAUCGAGUGAUUACUUGAUAGGCUUUUGUAGUCUUGCUUUGUAUAUCUUUGUGUUACUGUGUACAUAUUUUUAAGCCAAAACAAUGAAGGUUUAAUUACACUA